GCUUGCUCACCUGUCCACAUCUCCACACCUCCUCACCUCCACACCUGAGCGAGGAGUUUACCUGGCGGCGGUGUUGAGAGAGAGGAGUAAGGCAAGAUGACGAAGGUGUUGACGAAGAUGGUGGUGAUGGUGGUGGUGAUGGUGGUGCUCUACGCCACGUCAGCCGAGGCAAAGAAGGAAGAGGAAGCCGGAACCCUUAUUAAAGACUUCAGCAAGAGGAUUAGUCAAGAGGAACCCAAAACACUGAACAAAGAGGAGGGAAAAGAAACCCACCGAAGAGAUAAGAGUACCCACCAAGAGGACUCAAAGAAAGACCAAGAAGACGAUAAGAAACCCAAUCAAGAGGAAACCAAGAGGCAAAGAGGAAAGAGGAAAUACCAAGAUGAGAGUAGCGAGUCAGAAGACCUCGUAGUUCAAGCCUCGGCCCAACACCUUUCUAGCUACAGCACAAUUCCUGGUGUUGUUGGUGUUGGUGUUGGUGGUGUUGGUGGUGUUGGUUAUGGCAGCAAGAAUGGUAUAGUAGUCCCUGGUGAUAUUGGUGUUGGUGGGGUCGGUGUUGUUGGUAUUGGUGGUGGUAUUGGCAGCUAUACCAGUGGUGUUAGUAGUGGUAUAGGUGUAGGUGGUGUUGGUGUUGGUGGUGUAGGUGGUGGUGGUAGUGGUGACAUCUACACAAGUGGUGGUGGUGGUGGUGGUGGUGUUAAUGAUAUCUUUGGUGGUAGGAAGGGAAACAGUGGUGGUGGUGGUGGUGGUGGUUAUGGUGUUGAAGGAGGAGUAGGAGGAGGAGGAGGAGGAGGAGGACUAAUUAAAGGCUUCGAUACAAGUGGAGAUGUUUAUGCACGAGGAAGAGGAGGAGGAGGAGGAGGAGGAGGAGGAAUAGAGGGAAGAAGUGCAAGUAUUGGAGGGUUCGGCGGUAUUGGAAAAGGAGUUAUAGGAGGAGGAGGAGGAGGAGGAAGAGGAGGAGGAGGAGGAGGGGGAGGGUAUGCAGGAACCGGAGGAGGAGGAGGGAGAACAGGAGGAGCAGGAGGUAGAGGAGGAUAUGGAGGAGGAACAGGAGGAAGAGGGACAGGAGGAACAGUAGGAAGAGGAGGAGGAGGAGGAGGAGGAGGAGGAGGAGCAUACGGAGGAGGAGGAGGGGGAGGAGGAAGGGGAACAGGAGGAAGAGGAAGCGGAGGAGGAUACGGAGGAGGAAAUUUCAGAGUAGGAGUAGGAAGUGAAGGCGCAGGAUCCCUUGAGGACGUCAUACCAGGGACUCCCGGGGUGGACUAUCCUGCCCUAUCUUUCCCCCCUGAUACAGGAUUCACGUGUGGGUCCCUGAGAGGAUACUACGCAGACGACGCCGCAGAGGCAGGAUGUCAGGUCUUCCACGUCUGCCAAGGGGAUGGGCGUCAAGACACCUUUCUCUGCCCUAUCGGAACAAUCUUCAACCAACAGUACUUCGUGUGUGACUGGUGGUUCGCCUUCGACUGCACCUCCGCCUCCUCCUUCUACGACCUCAACAAUAGCAUAUUCACUGAUUACCUUGACUCCUCCGGCGGUUCUGGCGGUGGCGGGGGCUACGGGGGCGGCGGCAAGCGUCCCAUAACAGGCUACGGUGCUCCCUGAAGGUGUACGAGACGGGGAAAUGGUUAGAAGUCACACUAGGUUAGAACGUCGACUUGAUUUGUUUUGAUGUUUUGUUCUGUUACUAUUAUUUACGUUAGCAGUGUUAAUGUGUGUGUUUUUAUUAUUACACCAUUGUUUUUAUUGUCACUCUAUAAUUAUUUCGUACAAACUAUUAUAGAUUAGUCACAGUUCCAUAGUCAUAGUGUUCUGUUAUGUUGAUAGCGUAUUCUAGCUUCCUCAGAUAGCCAUACUUAUACUUAAUGUUUCUAUUGAUAAACUACCACUUAUAUAGUUUUGUUUGCUUUAUACAUACAACGAACUUUCAUUAUAUUAGUCAGAGUAACGUAUCGUGAAGCUACGUAUUAUGAAGGUUAUCAACGUAGAAAGUUAUAUCUUGUAGCGUCGUAAAGCAGGUUCACUUAAGUCCGACCCAAGCUGACAACAUAAACCUAAGUGUGUUUGCAAGCUGAGUGCUGAUUGGCUUCUGCUAUGGCUUCCAAGUUUUCUAUAACCUCUGUUUGUGUUUAUUUCACGCAAAACUUUCCGCUAAUCUGCCCUGUGCUUACGAACACGCUUAGGUUUAUGUUGUCAGCUUGGGUCAGACUUAAGUGAACAGACUAUAGUGGAAACGCCUGAUAAAGUGAUAAAUGAAUAGAGUAAGUAAGCGCCCAGACACUCACCUCCGGCACGUCCCCACACGAUGCGGCGCUCCACGGCGAGGCGGGGCGGGGCGGGGAUGAGGGGAGGCAGGGAGGAGUUGGCAGUGCUCGCGAGGACGUGAAGUUGUUGAAUUUAUGAUCGUCUGCAGAAAGGGGCGGCAGUGAAGUGUUAGUGUGUGGAUGUAAAGUAAAGGAGUUUGUUAUAUUACGUCACCGUCGAAUAUCAUCAUUGAGAAAUAAACGUGGAUACAAUCAUUAACUUUUCUUUUAAGACUGUUUGUAGUGGCGACCUUUGAAGAGUUGUAUUAUAAGUUUUGAGUGUGAAAAAUUAUCAUUGACUAAUAAAUGCGAGGAUGUAUACAACUAUUUACUAAUUUUUCGAGGAUAGUUUAAAAGUGGCGGCUCUCAAUCUUUUCCUUUCCUUUCCUUUCCUAUUCCUGUCUUUUUCUCCCUCACCUUCGAAGGUAAACAUUCGCAGGAGGUCUAAAGCAAUCACAUAUACUUUUGUAAUUUAGGAAUUUGAAACACAA